AUGUCGAAAAAAGGGGGGGAGGAAAGCCAAAAUUCUCCUCAACUACUGCUCCUAGCAAUCUCGGAGUUGACACCGACACCCACAUUGUACAAACAAGAGAAUCUCUCCUCCAGCGCCAGUCGCGGCCGAAUGCUCUCCUCGUACUUGCAGGCCGAGCAAAGAGUGCGUGACGACUAUGCGAAGACCCUCCAGGCCGGCCUCGUGAGGCCCGCGUCCUCGGUGGUCGCUUCCUUGAACUUUGUCCUCCUGAUUGGCUGGUUGUUCGUGUCUCCUUCGCUGUCGGAGGCGUGCUUCCAAAGGUCCCGCCUGCCUUUCUUCCUGUGCAUCUCCUACAUUUCUGCAUGGAACUUGCUGUACACCCGCUCGAUCGGCGUGGUGGGCAGUAUAGGCGUCGGCUUGAACUCAGCUCUGUGCGUUGUGCUCGCCGUCAACUUCAUACUCUUGCACGACCCUCGGACGUUCAAGAGGCUAGUACUGCGACCAGUUCCAGGACCAUCGGGGACAGAUGGGCGCACCCAGCUGGCCGGCAGGGUUGGUACAUACGAUGGACAAGGCCCAGAGCGACUCCUCGCUUGGGAGCCCAUGCCUGGAAACCUAUGGCGUAGGCUAUUCUGGAUAUUGGACCUUAUCACCAGCUUACGCGGCGUCCAUUGGUCCUGGAGUUCGUCAGCUUCGCCUCCAGCUAUUUUUUGUUUGAACGAGGCCUGUUCGAACCGCACAGCUUCAGCUGCCCGGAAUGUGUCUCGCUUCAUCAUUGAUUAUCUGCUCAUCGAUCUGCUCAAAUGCCUCAUGAUUGCUGACCCGUACUUCCUCGGCUACUCCACGAAGGCACCACCGCCUCAUCUAUCGGCGUAUCUCACGUCUCCAUGGGGGCAGUACACUUACCGUCUGCUUCUCAGCACAGCAGGGAUGUACACGGCCGUCGAUCUGGAGUUCGCCUCCGCAGCUCUGCUCCAGGUCAACGUUCUCGGUCCUGUCAUGCUUGGACUAAAUGCUUUACCCCUCACAUUUCCACCAAUCUGGGGUAGUCCAUCCGCUAUUCUGUGCAAAGGUCUACGGGGCUUCUGGGGCGAGUCCUGGCAUCAGUUCUUUAGGAUGCACUUUGUCAGCAUUGGCGAUGCUGCUGCGGACCUCUUGCUAAAGGAUGAACGCCGGAGUCCUCGCAAAUACCAAAGUCCUGAUAACAAGCCACUUGAUGGUCUGAAAUCGUCCAAGGCAAGACAUGUGAUCCGAACUGUGGCCGUGUUCCUCUUCAGCGGGUUAUUGCACGCUUGUGCAAGCUAUACGCUGCUGGGACCUACAAAGCCGUUUGCAACUUUUCUGUUUUUUGCACUUCAGCCGCUAGGUAUGGCGAUCCAAAGCGCGUGCUCGAAGCUUUUCACCAGCAGCUAUCUCUCAAUGUUACCAGACCGAUGGACAACUGUCAUACGUCAAGCUUCAAAUGCCGGUUUUACCAUUCUGUGGCUUUGGGGAACCGCAGGCAUGUUUUUCGACGACAUGGCCAGCGGAGGCAUGUGGCUGUUGGACCCCAUCCCAGUGAGUUUCAUUCGUGGGCUAGGACUCAGCAAGGACGACAAAAGGUUCUGGUGCUGGUAG